AUGGCAGCCAGCGAAGAGGCAGUAUCAACAGUGCCUGAAUUGACAAAGUUGGUUGGUGAUCUCAAGCAAAGAGUGGCCGAGCUCAAGACACAACUGAAGCCGAUCGUCCAAAAAUAUCACGAUGGCGAGAUCAAGACGAGUAAAGGUGUAUCGUUUCUUGAAGUCAAGUACCAGCUCAUGCUCCAGUACAUUACACAACUUGCAUACAUUGUCCACAUGAAGCUCAGUGGCCGAUCCAUUCACCAGCACCCGGUGAUCGAGUCACUUGUCGAGUUACGGGUUAUUCUUGACAAGAUGAAACCAGUCGAAGCCAAGCUCAAAUACCAGAUUGAUAAACUUGUUCGUGCAGCUGUCAUGGGCACCCAACAACAACAGCAACAACAGGAGGAUGCCACUGCUGCUGCUGAUCCACUUGCAUUCAAGCCCAACCCAAUGAACUUGUUGGCACGUGACGACGAUGAAGACAAUGAAGAGGAGGAAGAGGAGGAAGAGGAUGGAAAGAAGGGCGUUUAUCGACCUCCCAAGAUGGCUCCUGUGGUCUUUGAUGAGGAUGGUACCAAAGCAAGCAAACGUGAGAAACAAGAAGCUCGUCUACGAGAAAAGGCAUCACGAUCUCGUGUCAUUCGUGAUCUUAUGGCGGAUAUGAACGAUGCUCCUGAAGAAAGCGAUGUACAUGGUGGUGUCACAGAAAGCGUCAUCUUUGGCGACCGUUUGGAUCAUCAAAUUGCCGAGAAGCGCAAGUAUGAAGAAGACAACUAUGUCCGUUUGGCAGUGACACGCAAGGAAAAGAAACGCAUCAAUGCCAAGAAGAAUCGCAUGCAGUUCGAGAGUGAAUUUGAUAACCUUAAUGAUUUCAGCAACCUUGUGGGCAUCAAGGACGUCGAAGAAGAAGAAAAUCAAAGAUUCCGCAACGUACUCAAUCGCAAACGACAAAGAUCAGAGACUGGCAGUGGACGAAGCAAGAAGCGACGAUAA